AUGGUACGAUAUAGACUAAUGUUAUCUAUGAGUGAAGCUAGUGGUGUAAAAGGUGACACUGAAGAAGAAUCCCAGGAAAAGGAUUCCAAAAACUGGAGAAGUUUUGAUACGCCGAAGUACUUUAAUGAUAAACUUCAUCUAGAGUACGACGAGAUAACUAGACAGACUGAAACUGGAACGUCAUCGCCUAGAAUUGAUACUACAGUGCAGCAGUAA